GCGGCGCGGCGGGAGCCGCCUGCGGAGCGCUGGGAGCGGUAGCGGCGCGGCAUGGCCGGCUGAGGCGGGCGGGAGCCGCCGCCGCCCGGCGCCGCUCCCCGGCCGCUCUCGGUGGGUGAAGGAGCGCCUGGAUGUGCGAGUGAAUGAAUGAAUGGCGGAGCGCCGCGCCGCAGCAUGAGGCGCCGGCCGAGGACCGCGCCCGGGCUCGCCCUGCUCUGCCUCGCCGCUCUCCUGGCCGCCGCCGCCGGGCUGCCCUCCAGCGCCGUGCCGCCUCCCGAGCCCGGCAGCGGUAGCGGCGGCCCAGCCGAGGGCAGCCCCGGCCCCACGCUGCCGGCUCGGCCCCGCGGCACCGUCGUGCCCACCCGGGGCAGCGCUCCGCCGCCACCGUCGCCGCCCCCGGAGGAGGAGGUGGAGGAGGCGGCAGCGGUGGAGGAGGAAGAGGAGGAAGAGGUGGCCGCGAGCAGCGGCCCCACAGGAGACCUGUGCAACUGCAGCGCCGUGGGGAGCAUCAGCACCACCGAAUGCAACAGCACAACAGGGCAGUGCCCCUGCCUCGAAGGCUACACAGGGCUGCGGUGCCAGAGCUGUGCCCAGGGCUUCUACCUGGAGCCAGAGAGCCAGCGGUGCCAUCCCUGCAGCUGCAGCCCCACCGGCUCCACCACUGCCCAGUGUGAUGACUCUGGGCAAUGCCAGUGUAAAGUUGGUGUCACAGGCCUGAAGUGUGACCAGUGCAGUGAUGGCUACUACAGGGUUAAUGAGACCAGCUGUGAGCCGUGCCAGUGCAACAACCACUCCAAAACCUGCAACCCCUUAACAGGCACUUGCCUGGACUGCCAGGAAAACACCGAGGGAGACCACUGUGAGCUCUGCAAGGAGAGCUUCUACAGGAGUGACCAUCCUGUGCACGCCUGCCACCGCUGCCCAUGCUCCACUGUGGCCUCCACCGGCACCUGCCAAAUCCAGCCUGGUGAAACUGCCCCCAGGUGUGACAAAUGCAAACCUGGGUACACUGGCCUGAACUGCAACCAGUGUGACAACGGCUACUACAACUCUGACAGCAUCUGCGUGAGGUGCAAAUGCAACGGGAACGUGGACCCCGCGCGGUCACCCAGCGUCUGCAAGCCGGAGAGCGGGGAGUGCCUGGGCUGCCUGUACCACACGGCUGGCUUCCACUGCGAGCACUGUGAGGAGGGCUACACCCGAGAGCCCGGGGGGACCAACUGCACCAAGCAAGAAGCCACUCCUGCCCCAGAAACAAAGGAGUUCACAACUUCUGCUCCAAAUGCCAGCAAGGCAACAUCCUUUCCAACAGCAGUGACAAACAGCACUCUGUCCCCAACAACUACCCAGACUCUCUUUCCUGUGAGUUCCUCUGACAACAGCACCUCUGCCUUCGCAGACGUGUCGUGGACUCAAUUUAACAUCAUCAUUUUGACAGUGAUCAUCAUCGUUGUGGUCCUCCUGAUGGGCUUUGUGGGGGCUGUCUACAUGUACCGUGAGUAUCAAAACAGGAAACUUAACGCUCCUUUCUGGACCAUUGAACUCAAAGAGGACAACAUCAGUUUCAGCAGCUACCAUGACAGCAUCCCCAAUGCUGACGUUUCAGGGCUGCUGGAAGAUGAUGGCAAUGAAGUUGCACCCAACGGACAGCUGACGCUGACGACUCCCAUGCAUAAUUUCAAAGCUUAGAAGAAGUGCCCCAGCUAGUCCAGAGUUGGCUCGAAGAAGUUCCAGGGCUUAUGGAAGGGAUAUCAGGAUCCGUGCCGAGGCUCCACGCAGAGGAAUUUGCUCUUCAGAUACUCUUGUGCUGGGCUUGCGGUAGCUCGCAUGCGAACAGAUCAGUGUAGUACCCCCAAGGUUCAGGUAACGUGGUGAAAGGUGUUCAGCAUCCUGCUCUCCAUAGAAGCCACUGUUGUUCAAGACUUGGUUAUGCUGACCUGAAAACAGUGGGGUGGUUUUGUGAGGGGGGUGGUGGGGUGGAGAAAGCAGUACCCCAUGAUUCAUCAGAAGCUAUUUGAUUUCCAGCCAACUUAACAUUCAUGUCUGCAGCCUUUAGUUUGACAAGUAGCUCACCAAUCAACAGUGGAUUUUCAGGAAACAGACCUUGUAAAGGCUUCAGGUUAGUUCCUGAUAUAAACUUGUUUGGAAAGGAGGACAAACAAACACAA